AUGAGUCACCCCUGUCCAAACUCAAAUUCGAGCUCCGGCUCCGGCCAGCUGUCCCGGCUCAGCGAACCCGGAAUCCUCGACGAGCGUAUCCUCUUGAUGGUCUUCGAGCGUCUGGGUUGGGACAUCCACACGAUCUGCCGGACGGCCGCCGUCAACUGCCGCCUCCGGGCACUCGCCAGACGCCUCCUCUGGCGGGGGCUCUGCCUCCACCGCGCCCCGCGCCUUGUCUCCUCCCUCACCGGCGGCUCUCCGGCCGCCGCCCGGAUCCCCGGCGGCUGGCCGUCACUCGCCAAGCUCCUCUUCUUCUGCGGCGGUUGCGGGCCGACCCGCCACUUCCGCCCGGCCCAUCCCGCUCCGGGCCACCUCGUCCGGACGGCCCGAUUCUCCAAGACCUCGGGCCGGAGCUUCUUGGCCCGAAGAUGCCGUGGGGACGUGCUGUUUGUGAGCGACCCGUGUGAGCACCGGGGCCCGAAUAGCGGCCCAGAUAUCGGAGUUUAUCGGGGAGUUUUCGGGUCGUUCGCGCAAUCGAGGACUCGGGAGUUUUUGGUGACUCGACGAGUGGAGUUCGAGGAAGGGGUGAGGUGUCCGUAUUGUGGGGCCCGCGCGUGGAGCAUGACCGCGGCACGGCUCAUCCCGAGACGGGCCGCGGCCAGGAGGCUCGGGACAGGACAGGACGAGCUCGAGUACUUUGUGUGCCUCAACGGGCAUUUGCACGGUGCUUGCUGGCUCGUACACUUGUCGUCUGAUGACGAUGACGAUGAUGAUGAGGUGGAUGCGGAUGGUGAUGACGUGGAAUUUGAUGUCUCGGAAGAUGACGACGACGGUGGAAUGUGA